UCUGUUCCCUCCAGCCACAGCAGAACAUCACUGUCCACUAUGACCAACUACUCUCGCACCUCUGCCUUCUCUAUGAGGUCCUCCAUGGGUGGUGGGGGACUCAUGGGGAUGUCAAGGAAAUCUCACAGUGUGUAUGGAGGAGCAGGAGAUUCAGGGAUCCGCAUCUCCACUGCAGGAGGCGGCAGCAGCUUCUCAUCCUCCUUCAGCAUGGCGGGUGCAGACGACAGCAUCAUCGGCAAUGAGAAGUUCACCAUGCAGAACCUGAACGACCGUCUGGCCUCUUACCUGGCCAAGGUGGCUGCACUGGAGAAGGCCAAUGCCGAGCUGGAGCUGAAGAUCAGGCAGUUUGUGGAGAGCAAGGUCGGCCCUGCCACCAGAGACUACAGCGCCUUCUUUGUCACCAUCGCAGACCUCACUGACAAGAUUCAGGCAGCCAUCAGGCUGAAUGGAUCGGUCCACCUGAGCAUUGACAACGCCCGCCUGGCUGCAGAAGACUUCAGGACCAAGUAUGAGAACGAGUUGGCCAUGCGUAUGUCGGUGGAGGCGGACAUCGCCGGGCUGAAGAGGGUCCUGGAUGAGCUGAACUUGGCAAAGGGGGACCUGACCAUGCAGAUCGAGGGUCUGAAGGAGGAGCUCAUCUUCCUCAAGAAGAACCAUGAGGAGGAGAUGAUGGCGAUGCGGAACCAAAUGAGCGGUCAGAUCAACGUGGAGGUGGACGCCCGUCCCAAUGCCGACCUCACAGCGAUCAUGGCUGAGAUCAGAGAGCAGUACGAGGCCGUCGCCGCCAAGAACCAGAGAGAGCUCGAAAACUGGUUCCAGACCAGGUCGGAGGCCCUGAAACAGGAAGUGGUCACGCAGACGACCACCCUGCAGACAUCCAGGUCGGAAGUAACGGAGGUGAAACGCACGUUGCAGAACCUGCAGUGUGAGCUGCAGACCCUGCUUGGCUUGAAAGCGUCCCUGGAGGGAAGUCUGGCUGAGACUCAGAGCCGCUACUCCAUGCAGCUCUGCAGCUACCAGAACCAGGUGACGAUGCUGGAGGAGCAACUGGUGCAGCUGAGGGCUGACCUGGAGCGUCAGGGACAGGAGUACCAGAUGCUGCUGGACAUCAAGACCAGACUGGAGCUGGAGAUCGCCGAGUACAGGAGGCUGCUGGAUGGAGAGAGUGUCUCCACUGCCUCCUCCACCUCCAGCACCUCUACCACCAAGCGGACGGUGACGGUGGUGGAGACGGUGGUUGAUGGGAAGGUGAUCUCCAGUUCAACCUCGACCUCCUCCGGUCUCCUGCAGCGCUGAGGUGCUGAGAAGGGUGACCACUCACCUUCAUAAUCAUCUUCAUCUUCGUCAUCAUCAUCUGCCAUUGGUGUUGAUCAGAGAUCCAGAUGUUUAAUCAAUAAA